AUGAGUUACGCACAAAAGAGUCCCAAGGAAAUAAAUGGAACUUAUCAGGUAAUAAGAUAUGAAACAGCGGCCAUGGAAGACGGCUGUGAAGACUGCGGGCUGCUAGCGGCUCUCAACGACACCGGACAUUACAAUGAAACGAGGAACGUCACAGUCAUCGAUAAGUUUUAUUUCUAUCAGAGUGCUCAAGUGGCUGUUCUAUGGGUGUUGUUGGUGGCGAUAGUGGCAGGAAAUGCCACGGUAGUGUUGGCGUUGUACUUAACGAAAUCACGUAAAAGUCGAAUGAACUUCUUCAUCAUGCAACUGGCUAUAGCAGAUUUAUGGGUGGGUCUGAUAAGUGUUCUACCAGAUUUAAUUCAGCGCAUUACGAUUUCAUGGUUGGCUGGAUCUGUGGUCUGUAAGCUGAUGAAGUAUUUACAGGGUGUAGUAACGUAUUCCUCUACAUACGUGCUGGUGGCUCUCAGCGUGGAUAGAUGCGAUGCCAUCACACAUCCUAUGAACUUCACUGGAAGCUGGCGAAGAGCACGGGCGCUUGUUGUCGGCGCAUGGUUUCUUAGUUUCCUCUUUUGCGCUCCGAUGUUAUUUUUAUUUGACGAAGCUGAUAUAGAAGGAACCCCUCAAUGCUGGUCUUCAAUUAAUGAGCUUCAGUGGCGUAUCUGGAUGACGAGCGUUUUUCUAUCCUUAUUCGUGGCACCGGCUGUGACCAUCUCUGCGUGUUAUGGAGUCAUCGUGAUAACUAUCAGACAGAAGAGUCAUAGAGUACUCGGGAAAAGAAAUGCUGCAAGGCAAUACAGCGACGAUCUUGACAGUCGACGCGCCAGCAGCCGCGGGAUAAUACCAAAGGCGAAAAUAAAAACUGUCAAGAUGACCUUCGUCAUUGUGUUCGUGUUCGUGCUGUGUUGGUCUCCAUACAUGAUAUUCGACCUACUACAAGUGUACGGCUACGUCCCGGACACCCAAGCCAACAUAGCCAUAGCCUCUCUCAUCCAAAGCCUCGCACCGCUGAAUUCGGCUGCUAACCCAGUUAUUUAUUUCAUAUUCUCCAAUAGAAUAUUUAUAAGUCUACGGAACAUUCCCCCAUACAAGUGGCUGUGGUGCUGGAUGAAGACCGGUGACACCACCACCGAGUCCAAGGCCCACACUGAGCUCCUCACCUCGUCACACAGAAAAACAAGACACGACCUCACCAUCCGAGUUAAGAAUGACAGCUUGAAGGAGCAGAAGCAGAGGCUUCAUCAGUGUAACAGUUCCCGGAAGGUUCGCCUCCACCUGCCAGGACAGGCCAUGAACAAUAACGUGACACAAGCACGACGUGCUGAUACCUUCUUAUAA